GUGGGUGUGGGUGUGGGGUAACUUGGGUGGGAACAACGUAGAGGCCACCACCACGAAGCCCUGCGCCUCUUCGGCGGGGUGUGUGCGGAAAGAGUGCGGAUAAAUAGGAGGCACCCUCCUCCCGGCGACAUUCGCCUGGCCGGCCGGCCGCCCGCCCUGGGUGUUUGCCCGAGCGGUAGCCAGGGUGCCAGCGUGGGGAGUAGUUUCGUUUCCUGCUGGCUCCGGGAUCCGUUUCCAGGCACCCCGUCCCGGGAAGAGGGCGCAGGAGGAGGCGGGAGACUUGUCUCGGGGCUGCCGGGCCCCGCAGCGGGGUUGAUGGCCCGGGUCGCCCCGGGCAGCAGCGCCAGCAAAUUGCCACUGCUUCUGGCCCUCGCCCUGGGUCUAGUGAUCCUCCACUACGUCAUUGCAGAUGGGAAUUCAACCAGGAGUCCUGGAGAAGAUGGCCUUCUCUGUGGAGAUCUCGGGGAAAACUGCCCAGCUACCACCACACAACCAAAGAGAAGAGGCCACUUCUCUCGGUGCCCCAGGCAAUACAAGCACUACUGCAUCAAAGGGAGAUGUCGCUUCGUGGUGGCCGAGCAAACGCCCUCCUGCAUCUGUGAGGAAGGCUACGCUGGGGCAAGAUGUGAGAGAGUUGACUUGUUUUACUUAAGAGGAGAUAGAGGGCAGAUUUUGGUGAUUUGUUUGAUAGCAGUUAUGGUCAUUUUUAUCAUUUUGGUGGUUGGUGUCUGCACAUGCUGUCAUCCUCUUCGGAAACAUCGUAAAAGAAGAAAGAAGGAAGAAGAAAUGGAAACUCUGGGUAAAGAUACAACUCCUAUAAAUGAAGACAUUCAGGAGACUAGUAUUGCUUAACGUUAAUGAAGGUACCUCCAUUCUGGUGGCAAGCUACAAAAUGCCUUAUUCAUUUGAAAAUGGACAGAAUGUGUCUCAGGAAAACAGCUAGCAACAUGAAUUUUAAAUAAUGUAUUUACUUUUUGUUUGUAACGUUAACUUGUGUUGUUUACUAUUGUUUUUAUAAUAAGAACAAAUAAUUUUAUUAUUGUUUGGUAAUUGGGGAAAAGCACCCAGUUAAGAAGGGAAAUUUUAAUAAACUUCCACUUAAGUUUUGUCACCAGGGAUUAUUAGUCAAACAAACAAAAAAAUAGGAAGGAGUUUAGAUCUUAAGAACUGAAUUAAUAAUAAAGCUGCCAUUUAUAUGACACUAUGUGCUAAGAGUGUGAAAUAUAUUGUUUUCUUUAAUUCCUUCAAGAACCUAUGAUCCUCAUUUCUCAUGCAUAGAAACAGGCCUUAAGAAGUUGAAUAAUUUAACCCAGAUUUACAGAGUCAGGAUUUGGUGGAGCUGAAAUUGGAACCAAGAUUUACCCAAGUUCAACAUUCAUGCUGUUAACCAUCAUUUUUGUUCAUUGGCGUUUCUGCAAACCAAUUCAUAAUAUAACCCAAUAUUUUACACUAAAGUGUUGUUUUGCCAUGACUCUGGGACAUUGGGACAUUUUCCUGCAGAAACUCAGAAUUCAGAGUCCUGGGUAUAUGUUACUGUUAUUACCAACAUGCUUUCUGUAGUCUUGACUUUCAUUAUGUUUCUUUGCUCCUUUAUAAAUUCUCAGUGAUUUUCAUACAUUCUUACCUUAGUUAAGCAAAAUUUGCCCCAUUGCUAGGGUAAUGAAUAGAGAUGGAAAGUAAAUGUCUGACAGUCUUCAAGUCCCAGGUAAGUGUCUAUGCUCAUUAAAGGAGAGGUAACAGCUCUAAAAGAGUUUAUUUAUCCUCUGGUAAGUGGUCAGUGACAGCACAGCAGAGCCCAGGCAGAGACUGGCUGUGACCACAUCCUCAUUUUUGUUCUUCUGAAAAACAAUGCCUGUGAUUACUCUCAGGUAAAUUUUGGUGAAAUGAAAUCAUGACCAUAAUCAUCUAUUACUUGGAAUCAUCUUGCCAAAUGCUUCUUCAACUCCAUAUUACAUUGAAUAAAGAUUCUUUUAAAACUGAAAAAGCAAAGUGCACAUUUAGCUGGAAUUCCAUAGAAUAUGGAAAGUUCUACUCUGACUGAGUGGACCAUUUUCAAAACUGAUGACAGAUGUCCCCAAAUUAUGGCACGUUAGCUAUUGUGCUUGUCAGCAAAGCAGCUUUUCCAGAAUCUUUGUAACUUUUGCCUGGCAGUGUAGAUGCCAUACACCAAGGAAAAGGGGAGUUCAGAGAAAAGGUGAAGCUGAAAACUGCCGUCUAUCACACAUCAUGUUUUAAGUGAGACUGAGGCUGUGAUUAAGGUGUAACACAGAAAUAGCUCAAAUAUCAAUACGGGCUAAGUCAAACCACCGAUAAUUUUCUAAAUCCAUUUUUCCUUCUGACUUAACAUCCUUGAAAUAGGAUUAUAUUCAACUGAACCCUGUUGUAUAUGCUAUAUUUUCAAAAGCCUCCUUCUGAGUCAUUCUUUCCCUUUCUCAGUCUUCUUUGAUACUAAAAGUGCUUGAAGCCAAUGCUUAUUAGAAUGUUAAAGUCAAAAAAUCAAUGCUGUUAAUGCUGCUUCUUUCCUGAACUGAGGUUGCUUGACCAAUGGAAACUCUCAAGCCAAUUCAAGCUUGGGAAUUUUGUUUUGAUUCUAAAAAUGUUAAGGGUGUCUCUUGAAAUUUGGUAGGUCUGAACUACCAAGAAAGACCUUCAAAGAUUCAUAUCUUUUCAAAAUGUAUUUUAUAAUUGUUUGGCAUAUGCUAAGUGACCUUGUUUAUGUAGACUGCCAGUAUUAUCAUGUAAUAAAAUAAAUUUAUUUUUAAAACAAA